CGCAGCACUACCGUAAUUUCUACUGCGAUGGAGCCAUUGACCUUCAAGGACGUGGCCGUGGUCUUCACCGAGGAGGAGCUGGGGCUGCUGGACCCCGCCCAGAGGGAGCUGUACCGAGACGUGAUGCUGGAGAACUUCCGGAACCUGCUCUCUCUGGGAGACAAGAAUGAAAAAGAUAUGGUGUAUAUUGAGGAAAGAGAACUAAAGUGCCUUUCCUACAGAAAGCUCUCCUAUUGGAAAAUCUGGGAGCAGGUGGUUGGUGAAUUAACUGGGAGUCAAGACCGUAGAGUGAAUCUUCAAGGGAAUCUUCCGGGGAGAGCGUUCCAGUCCUCAGAAGACUGCUCUUCCUGCCUCGGGUGGGAAGGAGCGUCUCCUCCGGCUUCACAAAUUGACAGUUUGGUGGGCGGCCUUCAGGGACCCAUCAGUUCAGAAGAGCAAGAGUUUCCACCCUGGAAAGCUGUAAGACUGGUAUCCGUUCAGGAAUCUUGGAUGAAAGCCUUUGCCAACGAGUCGUGGAAUGUUCGAGAAAGGUGUGAAAAACUCCACACGCAAGGUACAGGGUGUAAACCUGAGUGGGACCGUUGUGGCUUCGGCUGGGCAUCACGUUGUCUCAAUGACCCAAGAUUACCCGAAAGAGAGAGACCGUGUAAUUGCGACCGGUGUGGCAGAGACUGCGUGAAGAAGCUGACGCUCCAUCAUCUUGAGCCGGAAGAGGAGGACUUGAACCGAAGCGAAUGCCGAAGUGGCUUCAGGGAAGCCUCGCCCCUUCCCGCUCACCCAAGGCCGCUCUGGAAAGAGAAGCCCCAUAAAUACCCCGAGUUUGGUAAGGGCCUGAGGCCGACCGCCCACCCCGAAAGACCUCAGAGGCCCCCCCCGGAGGAGCAGGCCCGCAGGAGCAGCGCCCGGCCCCGGGCCCCCGCCGGGGAGAUGCCCUACAGAUGUGAGGUGUGCGGGAAGGGCUUCCGCUACCGGUCGAUCCUCCUCAUCCACCAGGGCGUGCACACCGGGAAGAAGCCCUACGCGUGCGAGGAGUGCGGGAAGGCCUUCGGUCGCAGCUCAAACCUGCUGGUGCACCAGAGGGUCCACACCGGGGAGAAGCCCUACAAGUGCGGCGAGUGCGGGAAGGGCUUCAGCUACAGCUCGGUGCUGCAGGUGCACCAGCGGCUGCACACGGGCGAGAAGCCCUACGCGUGCGGCGAGUGCGGCAGAGGCUUCUACGCCAAGUCCGCGCUGCACAAGCACCAGCACGUGCACCCGGGAGGGAAGCCCUUCAGCUGCGCCGAGUGCGGGAAGGGCUUCUCGUGCAGCUCCCACCUGAGCAGCCACCAGAAGUCGCACGCGGGCCAGAAGCCAUACCAGUGCGACCAGUGCGACAAGGGCUUCAGCUACAACUCGUACCUGCAGGCGCACCAGCGAGUUCACACGGGCCAGCGCCUCUUUGACUGCGACGUGUGCGGCAAGAGUUUCAGCUACAGCUCGGGGCUCCUGCGGCACCAGCGGCUGCACACGGGGGAGAAGCCCUACAAGUGCGAGUGCGGCAAGGGCUUCGGCCGGAGCUCGGACCUCCACGUCCACCAGAGGGUCCACACCGGGGAGAAGCCCUACAAGUGCGCCGAGUGCGGGAAGGGCUUCCGGCGGAACUCGGACCUGCACAGCCACCAGAGGGUCCACACGGGGGAGAGGCCCUUCGUGUGCGCCGCGUGCGGGAAGGGCUUCAUUUACAGCUCCGACCUCCUCAUCCAUCAGAGGACCCACACCGGCGAGAAGCCCUACACGUGUGCCGAGUGCGGCAAGGGCUUCAGUUACAGCUCGGGGCUUCUCAUCCACCAGAGGGUCCACACCGGCGAGAAACCGUACAAGUGCGAAGCGUGCGGGAAGGGCUUCAGGUGCACGUCUAGUCUCUACAAGCACCAGCGGAUCCACACGGGGAAGAAGCCCUACACGUGUGACGAGUGCGGCAAGGGCUUCAGUUACGGCUCGAAUCUGCGCACCCACCAGCGACUGCACACAGGAGAGAAACCCUACACGUGCGACGAAUGUGGCAAGGGCUUCAGAUACGGCUCCGGGCUCCUCAGUCACAAGAGGGUGCACACCGGGGAGAAGCCGUACCGGUGUGACGUGUGCGGGAAGGGCUACAGCCAGAGCUCGCACCUUCAGGGCCACCAGAGGGUCCACACAGGCGAGAAGCCCUACAAAUGUGCGGCGUGUGGGAAGGGCUUUGGGCGAAGCUCCUGCCUUCACGUCCACCAGAGGGUCCACACUGGCGAGAAGCCCUACAGGUGCGGGGAGUGUGGGAAGGGCUUCAGUUACAGCUCGGGGCUGCGAAAUCAUCAGCGAGCGCAUGUCCGUGAGAAACCGGAGAAGUAGGCACGUGCUGAGGCAGAACGCCGAACUGGACCCUCAUCUGAGCACCAGCGCAGGGGUGAACGUGACCUGUAGGGAGGGCGCCAGAGGAGGCUGACCUUGUCCCAGCAGUUGGCCUGCGCAGGAAGGGAAGAUCCAGAGGCUGAUGGUGGGAAAACACACGAGUCGCAAAUUUUGCUCUCCCAGAGGCUGUCUCCCAGAGCACUGUCCUUGAAGUGUGGCGUCACUCCCACCGGAAUUGGCCUAAGAGGGAGCUUUUUUACAAAUGACCUAGAAGAGCGCAUCAGAGGACCAAACUAUGGACAUGGAUUCUGCAGGGGGCAUACCUACCCAUGGGACCAAUGUAGGAAAAAAAUUGUCACCUUACUACAACCGAUACCGUGCGUACCUUUUAGAAGAUGGUUUCUACAAAACUGGAAGGAUGAUGGUCACAUUGGUUGGAGCAGGUCACUUUCAGAAGGCCGGGAAUAGUUAGAAAAAGAGUGCCCCCUCUUGGCAGGUGUACCUCCAGAUCUUGUAUCUCUAUUCCAUUUUUAUUGAGCUGCAGUGAAUGUGUUUUAUCCCCUAGAGAUAAAUACCACUCUCCUAGACAGGCCAUGCCGGACUACAGGACCAUUUCAUUUGACCAAGUUUUAAAAACACAGUCUGACUGCCAUUGUGUUGAAUUUAUAGGUUACUUUAUUGCUAUCAUGAAUAUAAUAUUUCUGCCCCUUUCAUUUUAUUCCCUAGCGUUUUCUUACAGAUACAUAUUAGAGCAUUCUUUUAAAAAUCAGAAAUACCCCUUUAACUUGUCAGAACAGCUGUGGUAACACAGAGUCCCCAAAGCCACCAUCGGUAGGGAUCUAUGGAGAUAAGCACUCGGGAAUUUAUUGGUGGGAGGGAAAAUAAGUAGUCUUUUUUAAGAAAGAAUUUGUCAGUGUGUCAACUUCAGUUUGUGUAACCUUUGAAGUGGCAGUAAGUGUAGUCAUUGAUAGUUGGGAGGUAGUUACACAUGUGGAAAAAGAUUAUGCCCAUGGCUGAGUUUCUUAGCGUUUUCUUACUAUAGCAAAAAACAAAAACCAAAAACCCUCCAGAUGUUGUAAAUGAAGGCACAUGUUAAUGAGUGAAAACCACUAAAAAUAUUCAGUGCCUACAGUGGCAUUGGUUGCCCACAAACUGUUUUGUGCGUCAGGAAAGUUGCUGAACAAUUUUACUAUGACUCCGUUUUGCUAGUGUGGUUUUGUGUGUAUGUAUGCUUAUAUAUAGAGAAAAAAGAAGUGUGAAAGGUCAGUGUGAUCACUGUGUAUCUCUAGCAAGUGGGAUGCGGGGUGUGCAAUACAUUCGUGUACUUUUGUGCAUUUUACUUUUUAACAAAGAGUAUAUAUCAGUUUUAUAACAAUAGUAAAGCUAUUUUUUUAAAAAAUCAA